AUGGUGCCAACUGAAAGAAAUGUGAGUGUGCAGAUUAUUUUCGCCCUUCUGGGAUUCACAGACUAUCCUGAUCUCCAGAUCCCCCUAUUCCUGAUCUUUCUUUUCAUGUACAUCAUCACCGUGGUGGGAAACCUUGGGAUGAUAGCGCUUAUCAACACCAAUACCAAGUUCCACACUCCCAUGUACUUUUUCCUCAGCCACCUCUCCUUUGUUGACUUCUGUUACUCAACCAUCAUCACUCCCAAGCUGCUUGAGAACUUGAUCCUGGCUGAUAAAACCAUCCUCUACUCCAGCUGUUUGUUGCAGUACUUCCUGUCCUGUGUGGCUGUGGUGACUGAGUCCUACUUACUGGCAGUGAUGGCCUACGAUCGCUUUGUGGCUAUCCGUAACCCCUUGCUGUAUACCGUGGCCAUGUCACAGAGGCUGUGCAUCCUGCUUGUAACUGGAUCAUACUUCUUGGGUACUUUUUCGCCCUUAAUUCUCCUCUGCUAUGCUCUCCAGCUAAAUUUUUCUGGCUUAAACAUUAUCAACCACUUUUUCUGUGAAUAUACUGCCCUCAUUGCUGUCUCUAGUUCUGAUAUACACAUCCCCAGCCUGCUACUCUUUUGUUUUGCAACCUUCAAUGAAGUGAGUACACUACUAAUGAUUCUCACAUCUUAUGUAUUCAUUUUUGUAACAGUGUUAAAAAUCAAAUCCACUAGUGGACGUCGCAAAGCUUUCUCUACCUGUGCCUCUCACCUGACUGCUAUCACUAUAUUUCAUGGAACCAUACUUUCCCUAUACUGUGUACCUAACUCCAAAAACUCUAGGCAGGCAGUUAAAGUGGCCUCUGUCUUCUACACAGUUGUCAACCCCAUGCUGAAUCCUCUGAUCUACAGCCUGAGAAACAAGGACGUGAAAGAGGCUCUCCAGAAAUUAGUGGGAACAAAGGUCCCCUUUCACUGA